UGUGAGUGGAGCGGCCAUUUCCUGUUUCUCUGCAGUUUUCCUCAGCUUUGGGUGGUGGCUGCUGCUGUGCUUCGCCUUCCAAGUCCACUGAGGGCCAGGCGGCGUGGACAGCGGUCCCGGCACUCGGCGCCCCGCCGCCCGCAGCCUUGCACACGCCCGCCCCGCGCUUCCCGAGCCCGCCGCUUCCCGCCUCAGUGACCGGCCGCCGCCGCUGCGGCCCACGGAGCGGCCCAGAUGCAGGCCAUCAAGUGUGUGGUGGUGGGAGACGGAGCUGUUGGUAAAACCUGCCUGCUGGUCAGUUACACGACCAAUGCCUUUCCUGGAGAGUACAUCCCCACCGUCUUUGACAACUAUUCUGCCAAUGUUAUGGUAGAUGGAAAGCCAGUGAAUCUGGGCUUAUGGGACACAGCUGGACAAGAAGAUUAUGACAGAUUGCGUCCCCUCUCCUGUCCGCAAACAGACGUGUUCUUAAUUUGCUUUUCCCUUGUGAGUCCUGCAUCAUUUGAAAAUGUCCGUGCAAAGUGGUAUCCUGAAGUGCGACACCACUGUCCCAACACUCCCAUCAUCCUAGUGGGGACGAAGCUUGAUCUUAGGGAUGAUAAGGACACGAUUGAGAAGCUGAAGGAGAAGAAACUGACCCCCAUCACCUACCCGCAGGGGCUCGCCAUGGCAAAGGAGAUUGGUGCUGUCAAAUACCUGGAGUGCUCAGCGCUCACACAGCGAGGCCUCAAGACAGUGUUUGAUGAAGCUAUCCGAGCGGUUCUCUGUCCACCUCCUGUCAAGAAGAGGAAGAGAAAAUGCCUGUUGUUGUAAAUGUCUGAGCCCCUCAUUCUUGGUCCUGUCCCUGGAACCUUUGUACGCUUUGCUCAAAAAACAGUGGAGCCUUCGCAUUUGAUGCCAAGUUUUUGUUACAGAUUCAUUUUUCCAUAAAACCAUUUUGAACCAAUGAACCAGUCGAUAAUUUUAAGGUUCUGUUUUAAAUGUAAGAAUUCCAACUUACGGUCUAUUAAAAUUCAGCCCUAAAUGACAA